AACCAAUAAAACAGCUUUUUAUUUUUUUUUUAUUUAUUUAUUUUUUGAUGUAUACUUGAACAAGCCUAAAAUUCUCCCACCUUCACACUCUCUCUCUACUUUCUCUCUCUUGGGGUUUUGGCUUUCACAGCAAGCUCUCCUUUUCAGUCGAUCGCCGUUGUAAAACCCUUAAUUCUCCUUAAAUUUCCUAAAUUAUUUCAGAAUUUGAUCAGCAAUUUCAAAUUCUGGAGUUUAAUUCUGUUAAUUUGCAGAUUUUGUGCGUUUAAUUUGGCGGUAAUUUAAUGGAGGAUUAUGCUGAUAGUGAUAAUGAGUUUUAUUAUGAUGAUGCUGAUGAAGAAGAUGAUGAUCGCGAUUCUUUGAAUUUAAUUGAAGAUGCUAAUAAUGAUGUUUCCCUCACUAAUCGCCCUGCUUCAUCAAUCAAGGUGAUCAGAAGGGAUUCACUUCGAGUAGCGCAGACUGAAGACUUGCAUAGAAUAAUGGAUCUGUUGUCGUUGAAGGAGCAUCAUGCAAGAACCCUUCUUAUACAUUAUCGUUGGGAUGUGGAAAAAAUAUUGGCAGUGCUCGUGGAAAAAGGAAACGAACAAUUGUAUGUGGAAGCUGGUGUCAGAGUAACAGAACAUGCUAAUAUUCCUUCUUCUUCUUCAUGUUCUUUUCUUGAUUGUGACAUUUGUAUGGAAGAACAUCCUGCCAAUAAGUUUACAACAAUGGAUUGUGGCCACUACUUCUGCAAUGAUUGCUGGACAGAACAUUUUAUAGUGAGGAUAAAUGAAGGUGAGAGUAGACGGGUUAGAUGCAUGGCACAUAAGUGCAAUGCGAUUUGUGAUGACGGGAAAAUAAGAAAUUUGGUUAGUAAGAGAGAUUCUGCGGCGGCUGAAAAGUUUGAUCGCUUUCUUCUGGAGUCCUACAUAGAGGAUAAUAAAAGGGUUAAGUGGUGCCCAAGUGUUCCCCAUUGUGGAAAUGCUAUACGUGUUGAGGAGGAUGAUUAUUUUGAGGUUGAAUGUGCAUGUGGUCAUCAAUUCUGCUUUGGCUGUUCAUCUGAAGCACACUCUCCUUGCUCCUGUCUGAUGUGGGAGCUUUGGAUGAAGAAGUGUCAAGAUGAAUCAGAGACUGUUAAUUGGAUCACAAGCCACACAAAGCCUUGUCCUAAAUGUCACAAACCUGUGGAAAAAAAUGGAGGAUGCAACCUUGUUGUAUGCGUUUGUGGCCAAGCAUUCUGCUGGCUUUGUGGUGGAGCUACAGGUAGAGAGCAUACGUGGUCUACUAUUGCUGGUCACAGUUGUGGGAGAUUCAAAGAAGAUGAUCUAAAGAAAGCCAAGCAUGCAAAGUUGGAAUGGUGGCGUUAUAUUCACUAUCAUAAUCGGUAUAAAGCUCACACAGAUUCAUAUAAGCUCGAAGCUAAACUGGAGGAAACUAUUAAGGAGAAGAUAUCAAGUUUGGAAGACAGGGAUACAACCUCCAAGGACUUCAGCUGGGUGACAAAUGGACUUUACAGAUUGUUUAGGUCCAGACGUAUCUUGUCAUAUUCAUACCCAUUUGCUUAUUACAUGUUUGGUAAUGAGCUGUUUAGGAAUGAAAUGACCAAGGAGGAUAGAGAAAUAAAAAAGAACUUGUUUGAAGACCAGCAACAACAAUUGGAGGCCAAUAUUGAGAAACUUUCAAUGUGUCUGGAGGAGCCAUUUCAUACGCUUGACGAUGACAAAGUUUUAGAAACAAGAAUGCGGAUAAUAACGAUGAUGACCAUUGUUGACAAUCUAUGCAGGAAAAUGUAUGAAUGCAUUGAAGGUGAUCUGUUAGGAUCUCUUCAGCACACAAUACACAUAAUUGCUCCGUAUAGGUCAAAGGGGUUGGAGAAAGCAUCUGAAAUAACUGAUUGGAGGAACCAUAGUUAUACUAGGGAGAGAAAUUCCAGCUCAAAUGGAGUGAAGGGGUCGGAUGAGUCAUCUACAGACUUGGUUCUGAAUCAAACUGAGAGUGGAUGCUCUUCAAGAAAACGUGCUAGGGCAGAAUCUUCUAGUUUCAGUUUGAAUCAAGUUGAGAGUGGAUGCUCCUCCAGCAAACAUGCUACUGCAGAUUUUGAAGACAGAUUUUUUGAUUUGAACUUGCCUGCUGAUGUAUGAUGAUCAACAACCGAUUUAUUCAUGUCAAACGUAAAAGGAUUUUGAUACAUAUAACCCACAACUGGAGAGUGCAAAUGCUGAUUCUGAUACCUUUACGUUUGGAACUACAAUGAUAUUAACCCCUUUUUGGUACUAGACAAGGCCUAAUAUGUACAGGGCCUCUGAGUUUAGAAUGCAGGAAUUAUGUAAAGUUUAGCAGUAUUACCUAAUGCAAAGUAUGUCUAUUAUAUUUAGCUAAGCUUGAAUUGUCUGACUUUGCAUAUUUACGUGAUUUGUCUAAACUCUAAAGUGGCAAAUUAUUAAAUAAUUGGCGUAAUAUGAGAACACUGGGCUAUUAUCAAUACAUUUAUUUAUUGGAGUGCUCCGCCCCUCUGAUACA